CUUUUCCUGCAUUGCAGGGGGUUGGACUGAAUGGUUCUUAGGGCCCCUUAACAAACUCGACAAUUCUCUGUUUCUGUACUUCUUGAAGCUGUAGCAGGUGAGUAUUGUUAAUCUCUUUCCUGUGCUACCUAUAGCAAAUUAGUUAGAAGCUUUCCAUAUUGGAAUUGUAUAGGCACUCACUUUUAGUGAUUAUCCCUUCUGAUCCUCAUCUCUUCUGCUUGCAGACAUAGUGCAGGGGACGGGAAAGAAGGAAGAGAUUUCAUUAUGGCUGAGCUGAGCACAACAGCAUCGCUUGGUUUAACCAUUGAUGGGGUUUCUGGAGACUACAGCCCUUCAGCAUUCCCAGAGGAAGAUGCUGAAUUUGAAUUUUCUUCCUUCAUAUAUUACCUGCUUCUCUUUGGCUGUCUUUUCAUCGUUACCCUUAUAGUAUCCAUAUGUGGCCUGGUGGGGAAUGCAAUCGUCAUCUGCUUUCUCUGCUUCAUCAUGAAGAAGAAUCCCAUCACCACCUAUGUCUUGAACUUAGCUGUAGCCGAUUCUUGUGUCCUUGUAACUUUAGCACUUGCAAUUUCAGAUAGCAUUUGGGAUGUAGGAGGAAUUUCCACUGACCUGGGUUUUGGGCUGUUUAUUUCCACACAUGCCACUAGCUUAUAUCUACUGACAGCCAUCAGUGUCGAGAAAUGUCUCUCUGUUGUCUUCCCAAUCUGGUAUCGAUGCCACCGUCUAGAACACCUGUCUGAAAUUGUUUGUGCAUUAAUAUGGGCAAUGUCCAUUCUGGUCUUUGGAAUCUAUCACUUUUUCAUUUCAGCUGAAUAUGAAGACUCUCACAUAAUGAUUUGGGUCGUUCAUAUGAUCAACUCUGUAUUUUGCCCACUUCUUGUAGUCAUCUGUACUGUGAUCCUUUUCAUCAAGGUCUGCUGCAGUUUACAUCGACGCCAACGAGGAAAGUUCUACACAGCACUCUUGUUUGCACUUCUUUUCUUCCUCAUUUUUGGUGUUCCACUCAGUGUCAUGAUAACCGUUCAAUAUUUUAUUGUUGAUUUUAAUCCAAUAAUGUUAUUUUUUGGAGGAGUGUGUGCUAUUAUCAACAGCAGUGUUAAUCCAUUCAUUUACUUCUUAAUUGGAAGGAAAAAGACACAUCGAUCCAGAGAACCCUUGAAGGUGGUGCUGGAAAGAGUUUUUAGUGACAAAGCUGAUUGCAGAGAAGAUCAGAGUCCUCCAACCAUGAUAAAUUCAAUGAUGAUGACUUCUUAAACCUCUCCUUGUAAACUAAGAUGCCAGGAUGGCAUUAGAGAUGACCAACAACAUAGGUUUAUUCUGGGGGGGAAAGUCUGUAGAUUCAUGUUUUUCUGCUUCUUUUCUGCAUCUUUUAAUCAUGGGUGUUUAUCUUUUAAUGUUUGCUUCUUUGGUUUUUAUACUUGUCAUUUGCUUAGGAGCUAAUUUGAGCAUCAGAUGGCAUACAAAUUAAUAAAGAAUAACAAAUCAUUCCAAAGUGGGGAUACCAAGGGCUCCAAAACUUCAAAGGAAUAAGCAGAAUUCUUUUCAACUCCAUCACUUUGGAAGCUCUGCACACCCUUGGUGUGAAAGUGUGAAUUUAACACACCUGGUCAUGAAGUGUGAAGCCUGAUCUGCUGUAAAAGCCAUCUGGUCCCCCAGCAGAGCCUCCUGCAUCUCCAAUCUAACCUGGUUCCACCCAUAGCUGCCAAGUUAUCCCUUUUUUAAAGGGAUUUUCCCUUAUGCUGAAUAGGCUUCCUCGCGAGAAAAGGGAAAACUUGGCAGCUAUGGUUCCACCACAAAAAGUAUUGUUACAGGUUUGUGGGGGAGCAAGGUAUCCCCAGACCCUGUGUGUCAGAUAUAUUCCUGGAUGUGUUCUGGGAAGAGGAAGGAGAACAAUGGUGAGAACUCCAUGAGUUGCAGGCUGCAACCUAGAAACUGGCAAGUAUAGCUGACUGCUCAAGCUGAGAGGAGCAGCAAGAGACAUUCUAGGGGAGGGAGGUUCUGCACUCCCUCCAUCUAAACUCAGGUGUAAAUAUGUGUAAAUAAGCCAUACUUCUUAAUGACUCUGCAGACUCCACUAAUUAAAUGUGUGUCCUGAGCUCCCACAACUGCUGCCCACCUUUGGCAAGAUUCGCAACAACAGGAGUAGAUAUGUUCUAUGCUUACAAUAACAUUUUAUUAUCUUGUUAAUUAUGCUGUUUUAAAUGUGCAUUUUAUAUUUGGCUUCUUCUAGUAAUGUUUUCUUUUGAAAUGUUUAAGAUAAUAUUUUAGU